CCGACGGAGAAGCACGCGCUCGUGCGCCGCGCCGCCGCCCAAACCACGCGUCGAAAUCGUCAACAAAUCGCGCUCGUGUCAGUGAAAAUAAUAAAAAAAAUUGCUAUUAAUCAUUGGUCGCUUGUCAAAGUUUUCUCUGUGAUCGGUAAAGUGUUGUGAAAUAGUUUCAAAUGUUUACUGUGAGCAUUUAACAGGAAUGGAUGGAGAGAAUCGUAUCAUUUUGAACGUUGGCGGUAUUAGAUACGAGACGUACAAGGCGACGCUGAAGAAGAUUCCGGCGACGCGGCUGUCGCGCCUGACGGAGGCGCUCGCCAACUACGACCCCGUGCUCAACGAGUACUUCUUCGAUAGGCAUCCUGGAGUCUUCGCACAGAUCCUCAACUACUACAGAACCGGCAAACUGCACUACCCCACAAAUGUGUGCGGGCCACUGUUCGAGGAGGAGCUGGAGUUCUGGGGGCUGGACUCCAACCAGGUGGAACCCUGCUGCUGGUCCACCUACAGUAUACACAGGGAUACACAGAAUACCCUGGCAAUUCUCGACAAACUGGACAUUGACAGUGAGAAGCCGUCUGAAGAGGAGAUCGCGCGACUCUUUGGGUACGAGGAGGCGUACCUGUCAGGGGACCUGGGCAUCUGGCAGAGAGUCAAGCCUAAAGUGUGGGCACUGUUUGAUGAGCCUUCCAGUUCACCUGCUGCUAAGGUGAUAUCAGCAAUAUCCGUCUUCUUCAUCUGCAUAUCAGUCCUGUCCUUCUGCUUGAAGACACACCCUGACCUACGGGUGUUCAGCCACGGGACUCUGGUCAGAGAGAAUGGCUCAGAGUCUCUAGAGAUGCUCUGGCAUGACAAUGGGAAACCACACGCAGCAUUCUUUUAUAUAGAACUGGUGUGUAAUGUGUGGUUCACUAUUGAAUUGCUGGUGCGAUUUUUGGUGGCCCCAAAUCUAAUAGAAUUCGUCAAAUCACCAGUGAACAUAAUAGAUUUUAUAGCAACACUAAGUUUUUACAUGGACGUGGUGGUAGAACUGACAGUGGUUCGGCAAUACGUGGACAAGGCCGACAUCCUGGAGUUCAUCUCCAUCAUCAAGAUCCUGAGGCUGUUCAAGCUGACGAGGCACAGCCCAGGGUUGAAGAUUCUGGUGCAUACCUUCAAGGCGUCGGCGAAGGAAUUGACGCUGUUGGUGUUUUUUCUGGUGCUUGGCAUCGUGAUAUUUGCGAGCCUUGUUUAUUAUGCUGAGAAGUCUCAGGAUAACCCCGACAACCAGUUCAAGUCCAUACCCCUUGGCUUAUGGUGGGCCAUAGUCACGAUGACCACCGUGGGCUACGGAGACAUGGCGCCCAAGACAUAUCUAGGCAUGUUCGUGGGCGCGCUGUGCGCUUUGGCGGGCGUACUCACCAUUGCGUUGCCGGUUCCAGUCAUCGUGUCUAACUUCUCUAUGUUUUAUUCACAUACUCAGGCCCGGUCGAAACUACCAAAGAAACGGCGCCGCGUGCUACCAGUGGAACAGCCUAGAAGAAAACGCGACGCUAGCGCCUCCAACCGCCGUGUCAAUGCGGUGAAACAUCCCGUAGUACUGAAGGACUUGCCUCCGGGAGGGAAUAAGUUUGGUGUCAACGGAAUGAACAUGAUCAGCCUCGCACUCCAGGGUCCAACGACAAAUCUUCUUCGGCCACCAGCCACUGCCACCAUGCCUCUUCAAGCAAGAGCACCCAUUGUCGAGAGUCCGGUAAUCAACACGCAGUCGGGUGCCAUAUCGCUAGCGUCACUGCAACCACCUCUAAUGACUGCCCCACCCCUGCAACCAAGACCUGCAACCACUGGCUCCUUAGACCUCAUGCUGCCAUUACAACCCAAGUUGCUACCAGGUUAUAACCUCCAAUCGUCAUUCCUCUCCAACACCCUGUCAACAGUAAGACCACCAGACAUAGAAAAGAAAGACGAUCUAUAUAAACCCAGAAUUGAAGUCAUUGUAGAAAAAAGGGAAGCAGAAGACAGUGAUGCUUUCGAAGAUUCAAAUAAAACAGACCAAGUUAAUGGCUACAGUGAAUCUAGCAAUCAUAAUAUAUCCGAAGUAGUUGAUAAUGAUAAUGUGAUUAAAGAUGAAAUUAAUUCUAAUCUAAUAGACACUAACAGUAUUGUGAAUUCAAAUGAUAAUGAUGAUAGUCCCAAUAACAAUUCUUAUUAAAUGUUAAUUGUAAAUGUUUCUAGCUGUGAAACCCCGUUAGAUAAAAAUGUCUCCCAUUAGAUUUUAUGAAUCUGUAAUAUAAAGAAAUCUCUUUUCUUAGAAUUUUCUAGUCAAUAUAUUUGUGUCAAAUCAUGGUAUAUAUAGGAUAAGUCACUUGAAAUAUUUUUACUUAUGGAUGAUGGGAGUGUAAAGGUGCUAUGUGGAAGAAAAUUUGAAAAGGUUAGAAAAAUAUGAUUGCACUAAAAUGUGUAUUAAAUGUAUAGAAAUAGCUUUCCCAGAAGAAUGACUUUUGUUUUGAUGUUAUUUCCAUUUUGCAUGUAAACAAGCUGAUACAAUAGUUUCGCUAAAAACGAUCUUUUAGUCAAACCAAUGACCAAAACUAAAAAUUUCUAGUUGAUGUAGUUUACGUGUACGAACUGUGAAAUAUUUUGUAUAUAUAUUUUGUAAAUGGAAGACAUGACAGUGAUCAAUUUGUAAAUAGACUACAGAUUUCUUCCUUUUUUGCCAAAUAAAUAUGUAACCUAAUAAGUAAAAUAUGUAUUAUAGGAAAUAAUUGUUUUUCAUCCAUUGUUAUUUUACUUGCUAAAAGCUUUUACAGUUACCAAGAAAUUACUGUUCAAACAAGAAUUUUAUACAAUGAAUUCAUUAUGGUCCGAUAAAUUUUGUUCAUAUCAGAAAUGUUCAACUUUCCUGUGCCAAAUAUACUAUGUAAUUAUUUAAAACUGCCUGCAGUAAAACAUAAUUUACCACGUAAAUAUCUUCUUACAACAUUUGAAUCUGAUUGUCAUAUUUGCCAACAUUUUACCUUGCUACAAAAGCCAAAAUUUUUAAAAUGAAAUGCCAAAAUGGCUUGUUUUGAAUCUCAGCUGUGCCAAACGGGAACGUUGUAGAUAACUAGGUAUAUAAUAAAUUAGUAUAUAAUUAAUGAUGGCUGUUUGAAGUUAUACUAAGAAGUGGGGGUGUAAAUUAGGAUAUUGUAUAUUCUUGACUACUUUGUCAUUAAGAAAGAAGUUCACUGUGAGCUGAAUUUGAUGUUUUUAUUAUUG